GAGGAGGCUGGACUAGGGAGAAUGCUACGUGUCUAGGUUCCUUUUAAAACCCCCUCUUCUCUGUACCUCUACUCCUAAGCAACUGAUCACAUUCCGAUCAGCCGUCUGGAGACGAGGAAUCCAUACAGCUCCGGGUACACAGCAGAAAUACACUAUGUCAGGAAACAAGAAGCAGCGGACGGAUCUGCAGAGGUCUACCAAUGUUGUGUACCAGGCCCACCAUGUGAGCAGGACUAAGAGAGGGCAGGUGGUUGGCACCAGGGCAGGCUUCCGUGGCUGCGUUGUCUGGCUGACUGGUCUUUCGGGGGCUGGUAAGACGACCAUUGGCUUUGCCCUUGAGGAAUACCUGGUGUCCCACGCCAUUCCCUCCUACUCUCUGGACGGGGACAACAUUCGCCACGGGCUCAACAAGAACCUGGGCUUCUCCACCACGGACCGCGAGGAAAACAUUCGUCGAAUCGCUGAGGUGGCAAAGCUGUUUGCAGACGCUGGUCUCGUUUGCAUCACCAGCUUCAUCUCGCCAUACACCAAGGAUCGUGCCGAAGCACGAAAGAUUCUCGAGGCUGCGGGGCUGCCCUUCUUCGAGGUGUUUGUGAACGCGCCGCUGGAUGUCUGUGAGAGUCGAGACGUCAAGGGUCUCUAUAAGAAGGCACGCGCUGGAGAGAUUAAAGGUUUCACAGGCAUUGACUCCGAGUACGAGAAGCCAGAGGCUCCGGAGCUGGUGCUGAAAACUGGCCAGGCGACAGUGAAUGAGUGCAUACAACAGCUGGUGGGGCUGCUGCAGGAGCAGAGUAUUGUUCCUACUUCAGUGAUGGAGGAGGUGAAGGAGCUCUUUGUGCCAGAAAACAAGCUGGACUUGGCACAGGCUGAGGCCAAGACACUGCCCACACUCCAGAUCACCCAGCUCGAUAUGCAGUGGAUGCAGGUGCUGGCUGAAGGAUGGGCGACACCACUAAAAGGAUUCAUGAGGGAGAGAGAGUUCCUGCAGGUCUUACACUUUUGCACGUUAUUAGAUGGAGGAACGAUCAACCUGUCUGUGCCCAUCGUUCUGCCUGUGUCCUCGGAAAACAAGGAGAGCCUGGACGGCUGUGCUGUGAUAGCUCUGGAGUAUGAAGGCCGCAAGGUGGCCAUUCUCCGCAACCCUGAAUUUUAUGAGCAUAGGAAGGAGGAGCGAUGUGCCCGGCAGUGGGGGACCACCUGUGCCAAACACCCUCAUAUAAAGAUGGUGAUGGAGGGUGGUGAUUGGCUAGUCGGUGGUGACCUGGAGGUGCUGGAGCGAAUCAAAUGGAACGAUGGACUAGACCAGUAUCGCCUGACUCCUACGGAACUCAAGCAGAAAUUCAAGGAAAUGAAAGCUGAUGCCAUUUUUGCUUUCCAACUGCGUAACCCUGUCCACAACGGACACGCCUUGCUGAUGCAGGACACCAAGCGCCGGCUGCUAGAAAGGGGGUACAAGCGCCCGGUGCUGCUCCUCCACCCCCUGGGUGGCUGGACCAAGGAUGAUGAUGUGCCCCUGGCCUGGCGCAUGAAGCAGCACGCUGCAGUGCUGGAGGAGGGGGUUCUGGACCCCAACUCCACCAUAGUGGCCAUCUUCCCUUCACCCAUGAUGUAUGCUGGACCUACAGAAGUUCAGUGGCACUGCAGGGCACGGAUGAUUGCUGGAGCCAACUUCUACAUCGUGGGUCGGGACCCGGCUGGAAUGCCCCAUCCCGAGACCAAGAAGGACAUCUAUGAGCCGACUCACGGAGCAAAGGUGCUGACCAUGGCCCCCGGCCUCACCUCCGUGGAGAUCAUUCCCUUCAGAGUGGCCGCCUAUAACAAAGCAAAGAAAGCAAUGGACUUCUAUGAUAAGGAACGGCACAGUGAGUUUGACUUCAUCUCAGGAACUCGUUUGAGGAAGCUUGCUCGCGACGGUGAAUACCCCCCUGAUGGCUUCAUGGCUCCCAAGGCAUGGAAAGUCCUGACCGAAUACUAUGUCUCUCUGGGAAAAGAGAACUAACUUUUAAUUGUAAAUGUAGGAAACACUGGUUGAAUAGCUGAUUUUAUCCAACUGUAAAUGAUCAUCUUUAAAAAAAAAAAAACCAAACAGCAACUUAUUUUUUAUUUUAAAAAGUAGGAGCUAAAUAUUUGAAUAGAUGACCUGUAAAUCUGUCCAGUUAUAUAGCUAUAUAUAGGCUUGCUGCUAUUCGAUUUUUAUUUUUUGCCAAAUCGACGAUUAAUAUCGACGUUUAUUUUAGAAUGAAUUUACCGUUUUUUUUUCAAUAUUUAUUUUUCAAUUCAAGCAGAGAAUGGGUGAAAUCGACCUUUAUGCUUUAAAAAAAAAAAAAAACUUUUUAUGCCAUUGAGAAACAUCUCAUUCAGCGAAGCCCCUUUAUCACAUUCAACAUGCAACAAAACCAUGGUUACCAGCAUUCUAAUUGAAGUAACAUUUGGUCACAGCAGAGCUAUACCUUGUAAAGAUAAAGAUCCUACACAAAUAAAAAAAUUGAAAACAUUCAAGCAUACAAAAGUGUAUUACACAGACUUUUGUAGCAUACAUUUAUGAGUAAAAAUAAUAUGCACAGAACAAAACAUUAGAUAGCUGAACAGAACUAACUUGCACUUAUUCUUCAGCACAGCUGGAGUCACUGGAAGGUAAGGCAGACGGGCCACGGAGACGUCGGUCAGGGGAUUGUGCACAAUACUCAUUAAGUGUUUUCCUCUUGCACCCCAUUUUCAAAUCAAACUAGUAACUGUCACCGUAUACCUAGGAAAAGCCUACCUACACCUUAACCUGCUAAUUUCAAAAGUAGGCGCACUUUUGCUAGCAAAUGAAAGUGCAGUCGGUACAGGUCUUGAUGAUUGACAGUCAUUUAAACGAAUGAGAGCAUUCUGACGCUGCUUCAGUCAACGAGAUCUGUCAGAACUGGGUGAAAUGACAGUGAAACUAUACUAACAGAUCACUGAGAUGAUUGACAGCGACCCCUAGCCAUUCAGAGUGGAACAGAGACGGGACAGACUGUAAGUAUAAAAACUAAACAAACUAUAGAUGAUUUCUAAAUUUGUUAUUUUGGUACGAAAAUAAAAAAUAGCGAGUGGUUUUACUGACGUUUAUCCUAUAUACUGGUAUAUAGGAUAACUCUCAUUUUUUGGGAAUUUGACAUUUAAUGAGCUUUACCGAUUUAAUAUCGAAAAGUAGCAAGCCUAGCUAUAUAUAUAUAUAUAUAUAUAUAUAUAUAUAUAUAUAUAUAUAUAUAUUCUUUUAUAUUGUUUACCUGAAUGUUACCUUCUCCAGCCUGUCAUAGAUGUGUAUUUAGCACCCCCAGUGGUAGAGGCAGGUAGUACUAAACUUCAGAAGCCAGCUACUGCAUGCAAAGGAUCCGCAACAAAUGCUCCCAGUUUUAAGAGACCAAAUUAAAUAUUUUUACAAUGCAAAAUCAUGAAGGCAAUCUGAUUGCUCUGAUAGAAUGCUUGUUUUUAUCAGUUUGCCACUUUUUAUUAGUUUUCCUUGUGACUGAAUUAAAUCGAGUAACAUAGGAUCUUUUACAACUAAUUACUUUGUCUGUCCAAAAAGCAUAUGGUUUCAAUGACAGUUUAUCAUUAAAGGAGCCACCUACAUUUUAUAUUGUAGGUAAUGGCCAAUUGAGUUCUUCUUUUCAGCUUAGGAAAUGCUGCAUUACUAGAGAACAACCCACUUUUGUACCUUCCUGAAUCUCCUGUUAAUACCAGCAACUGAAAAGGGAGAAAUAAUUAUUGAAUGCUUCAAGAACAACUUGAUCCUUUAAUCAUGUUGCUAACAAAUAUCAACAGCUGCCUGAAGGAAAUGCCUUUCACUUCUUAUUGUACUGCAGCUGACAAUCUCAGCACAAGACAAGAGCCCACAUUCUCUUCAUCAAGUGCCUAUUUUUGUAAACUCACUGUUUUAAGUGUUAAAAGCCUGGUUUAGUGACCAAAAUAAAUGGCAGUACCUCAAAUGUGCUGAACAUUGCUGUUACCUAGUGUGCCGUUUCCUUGCCGUACAGCAUCUAGAAAAACAUUUAACAGUUUAUUUGGGUGCUAUAGAUAGGAAGAAGCCUGUGCAAAUAUUAUUAAAUAUUGGUUUUAUAUUGUAUGUUAGUCCAAGUGGCUAUCAAGCCUUUUAAUUAUUAAAACAUAAAACAGUACCAAACAUUAUUUGUAUAACAUAUUUAUUAAAGUACUGAAUUCCAAACUUGUGCCUUAAAUUAGUCUUAACAUGUUUUAAAAUGUGUAUCAUAUUAGCCAGUGUUGUAUAUCCUAUACAAUAUGAUUUAGGUUUUAAAAUAAAAGUUUGUACAAAACAAUCUGGUGGUGUUGUUUAGUUCUAAUGACGACAAUACAGAUUGGACUCAUUUUUCAGCUUCUCUUUUUAAAACAUAGUAUUUUAUAUUGAAUUUUAAUGUGAUUUUUCCAUUACUGUUAUUUUUUUGUAUAAGCUAUAUGGGUUUUUGGAGGUUAUUAUUUUAUUAUUAUAAGGUCACUUUCGAUGUGUCUACACUUCACAUCAGCAGUGGGAUGCUCUUAAAACCUGCACAUUGGAAAGGUGACUGUCGAGUAACUAAUCAGAAUCGUAGACUUGUAUCUCAAAACAUCUGUGCUAGUCUCGUAUCGUGAAACGCGUCACUCUAGAUGAAAAACGGAACCCAUUGUUCAGUGGCCUUUAGCUGAGCCGAACUUCCCAAAUAAAUUGUAAAAGCACAAUCCAAUUUAACUUCAAAAGACAACACACACAAUAGAGGUUUAACUUGUGUUUUAUUACUAUCACAGCAGUAUAAUACAGACUGAAAAUAAAAAAUAUUAACUUAUGUAUCCAUUAAAAUCUGCUUAAAUUUGCAAUGAACUUACAGUUCUUUAUUUUUUUACAUUUUAUAUACAUUCCCCAUGUACCCCUGAAGAACUGAAAUACAUCCCAUGUUGAAAUGAGAGUCAAUAUGGUGUUGUGAUGAAUUAUUAGGGUGAUUCAAGUUUUACAACAGUUACACUGCUCUAAAUUCAGUAAUACCACAAAGCAAAGCAAAUUAGAAAACACAAAUACUUCUUUUCCAGCAGUAAUUCUCUUAUAAUACAGUAUAUAAUAGAUCAUACUGCAUUUCAUUCAAAAGUACCCUAGAACUAUAGCAAGUACUACACCACCAAUCUUGCAAGAAUUUCUGUAAAACACCUUUACACUCUUUAGUGCAAACUAAGUGCAUAUUUCUUUAUGUUUAGCAGUUUUGUUUAGUUCAUCAGUACUCUAUGCUGUAAAAACUAUUUAAAGAUGGCCAAGUUUAACCAUAUUUAGAACCUACACAGCCUCUUUUUCUAAACCUAAGCCCAAGCGCAACAUUGGGGAACACUUGAGUGUUAAUCCAUAUCCAUAACUAUUAAAUAUUCAAUAGUGCUAAAUUUAGAAAUGCCAAGACACUUAAUAGAUUCAAUAACAAACAUUUGGACUAGAAGUCAAAGACAUGAAAAAACAUGAACUUGACCAACUUAUGUGAUCACCAACGGUGACAAUUCAAAAACUCAACUGAGCUAACAUCCUUGUCUGGCCGACAGUAUUGUGGGGAGUCCCUCAUAGUGAAACUCACAGAGUACAAGUUUUUGAUAUCACACCAAGGCAAAUCUAAUAAAAAACAUGAAUGUUCUGUACAGGAAAUGGUCAGGUUAUAAGGCUUAGGGGAGUGUGUUGAAGUCAUCUUAGACUCUCCUUCUAGAAUCCACCUGGCUUGUUGUAAAUAGAGACUACAUGAUCAUAUCUAGAAAUGGCAAGAACACUGCUAAUUUAUUUUAACUUUAAAUGCUCGAUCAUACAUUCUGAGAAAGCUACAGCAAACGUUUUGUCUUCUGCCUUCAGUCUGACUACAUAUAUGCAGACAUUAACCCAAAUAUUUUCCAACUUG